GUGAUGUUUGAUGCAUUUUUGCAUUUACUUCAAGUGUUGCGUACUAUCCAGUCGACCCUUGUGCUUUAAGAGUUAAGAUGGCACCAAAAAGACCUGUACCACUUGGAUGGGGGCUUCGUGUAAGCAAAGUCUGGGGGAAACUCUUCUAUUGUAAUUUAAUAACUGGCGAUUUUCAAUUGGAAAAACCCAGAAGCCAGGCGUCGUUAUGCACAGAUGAAGAGUUUAAUUUAUACGAUGAUGGAUUUCCUCUGAGAAGAAAAAAACCUAAAAUGAUUCGAGUUCGCCAUAUCCUUAUAAAGCAUCAUUUGAGCGACUUUUCCCCAAUGUGUCGAAUGCAUACAGGGGAAUAUGCUACUCGGACAGAAGAACAGGCUUAUAAUCUUGCUAAAGAUAUACGCCUUGAAAUAUUAUCUUACAAAAUUACAUUUGAUGAAGCAGCAUUUAAAUAUUCAGAGAGCUCGACAGCAUUCAGCGGUGGCAAGAUGGAUCCUAUAUUUAAAGGUCAUGAUAUGGAUGAGAUAUUCGAUGAGACAGCCUUCGCUUUAGAGAUUGGUGAAGUUAGCCAACCCGUUGAAACCAGCAUCGGUUAUCAUAUUAUACAGAGAACUGGAUGA